AUGGCCAACGUCUUGCAAGGAGGGGACGGCAUGAUGGGAGGAGGGGCCGGAGGCUUUCCGCUCGAGCAAUGGUUUUAUGAGAUGCCUGUGUGCACGCGCUGGUGGAUGACGGCGGCGCUGAGUGCAAGUGUGCUGGUGCAAUGCCACAUCAUCUCGCCCUUCCAGCUGUUCUACAGUGUGCGCACUGUCUUCUUCAAGAGCCAGUACUGGAGACUACUCACAACCUUCUUCUACUUCGGCCCCCUCAGUCUCGACCUCCUCUACCACAUCUUCUUCCUCCAGCGAUACGCGCGACUACUCGAGGAAUCGUCUGGCCGCUCGACGGCACAUUUCGCAUGGCUCCUCACUUUCGCUUCCACCCUCCUCCUCUGUAUUGCGCCCAUCUUCUCCAUGGCCUUCCUCGGCUCCGCUCUGUCCAGCACGCUCAUCUACAUCUGGAGCAGAAAGAACCCCGACACAAUGCUUAGUUUCCUUGGACUUUUGGUCUUCAAGGCGCCGUACUUGCCCUGGGUGCUGUUGGCCUUUUCGCUCAUCAUGCACGGGACGGUACCCAAGGACGAGAUGUGCGGCAUUGUUGUCGGCCAUAGUACUAUGGUACUACCUGAACGACAUCUACCCGCCGCUCCACCACAACCACAGCCCUCUAUACCCACCCGCUUGGUGGAUUCGUCUGUUUGA